AUGGCCGAAGAAGAGAAGAAGAGAAUGCUCGAGGGCAACGACCUCGAACUAGGCGAGAAGCAAGGCCGUUUCAGUCCACCCAGCAGACCCACGCCAGCGCCUCGUUAUUCUCCCUCAACAGGCAAUCUGCAGAACAACCCAAUUCUCCCCGUUCUCAGCUAUUGCGGCUCCUCCAUCCUUAUGACCGUCGCCAAUAAAUACAUCCUCUCUUUCCCUGAAUACAACCUCAACUUCUUCCUUUUGGCUGUGCAGGCAAUAGUCUGCGUCGUUGCGAUCUCUUCUUGCAAAGCCGCCGGCAUCAUCACCUACCGGGAUUUCAAAAGCGACGAAGCGAAAAAAUGGUUUCCUAUAUCUCUGCUGCUCAUCGGCAUGAUCUAUACCUCCACCAAGGCCCUCCGCUUCCUCUCCAUUCCCGUGUACACCAUCUUCAAGAACUUGACAAUCAUCCUGAUCGCCUACGGUGAAGUUCUAUGGUUUGGCGGCUCUGUCUCUUCUAUGGCUUUGCUUUCGUUUGGUCUGAUGGUUUUGUCUUCGGUGGUCGCCGCUUGGGCCGAUAUCAGGCACGCGCUCGAGUCACACGGCACUUCAACCGGAGCGAGUUCUGAGCAGUUGGCGACGUUGAACGCGGGAUACAUGUGGAUGUUGGUCAACUGCCUGUCUACUGCGGCUUAUGUGUUGGGUAUGCGCAAGCGCAUCAAGAUCACAAACUUUAAGGACUUCGACACAAUGUUCUAUAACAAUCUACUCACGAUCCCCAUCCUCCUCGUGUGCAGUCUUACCAUGGAAGACUGGUCCUCAGCCAACAUGGCGCGAAAUUUUCCCCUGACCUCACGCAACGCCAUCAUCUCCGCCAUGAUCUUCACCGGCAUGGCCUCCAUCUUCAUCAGCUACACCUCCGCGUGGUGCGUGCGCGCCACCUCCUCAACUACCUACAGCAUGGUCGGUGCGCUCAACAAGCUGCCUAUCGCCAUCUCCGGUCUCGUGUUCUUCGAUGCGCCCGUCACGCUGCCUAGCGUUACUGCCAUCGCCAUUGGCUUCGUCAGCGGCAUCGUGUACGCCGUAGCGAAGGUGCGCGAGGGUGCACGAAAGGCGACCGGAAGCGUGCUGCCAACUUCCAAGGGCGUGGUCAGCGCUAGCAGCCAGAGCAGCAGAGACAGCUUGAAGGGAUGA